UUAAUAGUUGAUCUUAACGACUUAAAGCGUUUUGCUUAAUUUUUAUUCAAUCUAUGUCUCAAAACUUGGUUGCUAUGGUUACCAUUGUACACAUAUCAAAAUUUUGUUUACACCAAAAUGAUCCCAGCUAAAUUUCCGGAAAAGUCAUAAAAUUUCAAUGCUCUAGCCCUACUCUAAUUCAACUAAUUAUUACAGAUCAAAGGUGCUGGGGGCCUCAAAAGCCUCCCCCCCCCCGGUUUGAAUAGGGUUAACACAGCACGCUGGUUGUCCGAACUCGCAUCCUACGAGGACUAUGAUUUUCUUACACAAGGCCUUGUGGAAGGGUUUUAAUUAGCACCUGUAGGUAAGGUUUACACAGAAGUCGACAACAAUAACAAUUACUCGGCCACUAAUCCCACGGCGCGCAAUGUGGUCGAGAAAACAAUUCGAAAGAAAAUUGGCAAAGGUAAUUAUGUAAUUACAGCAACGAAACCUAUGGUAGUGAGCGCAUUAGGAGCUAUUCCAAAGCCUGACUCUGCCGAGAUUCGCAUGAUACAUUACUGCUCGAGGCCGCGUGGCCUGGCAGUAAAUGAUUAUAUAGAAAUUGACAAGUCCAGUUUUCAAUCUCUCGACGACGCGAUAAAGUCGCCAAAGUGGCUAAACUUUGGGCACACGCCAACCAACGGGUCAUAAUUUAUACUGACAAUCAAGCGGCUUGCGCGAUAAUUAACAAAUAAAAGGAUCGGCAACUAACAGAGUUAUAAUGCAGGAAUUGCGCGAGGUGAUUUGGUUCUAUUUGUCAUCAGUCAUACCUCACUACGGAGUAACAUGAGAAGCACGCGCGCUUGCUUAUCGAGCCAUUGUACGCUCGCUUUCACAGCAGCCACACGCCUACCUGAUCGCAGAUCAACUACUUCAAAAAUUAUACAUUUACUUCAACUAUUAUCUUGGUAAUCGUGAGUACUUCGGGGUUAACAACCAAUCCAUUGUGUUUUGAUAUUCUUUAUACUAACUAAUCGUCACUUGUUCUAUAUAUUUUUAGUACCUUACUAAAACAUGUCGAACAAAGCUGAAAAUGCCUCCCUUGAGCACAUGCUCGAAGAUGAGGCUAGCGGUCCAUCGACACCCACACGACAUCACCGAUGCAAACUGAAUCCCACCGGGGUAAAGGCGAAAGCCACGAGGUACUCCGUACCUUGAACGAUUUAAACAGAAACAUGAACAGCAUGGCGGAUACUCUGGCCUCCUUCAUGAGUGCACACACAGCACAGGGCGUCAACGCUUCAAGAAAGCGCAAAGCGGCACCGCCGGAGAACACUCUCAGUAGCUCGGACGACGACGAAGAGGGGGCGAAAGGUCCCAAGCGACGCGACCGAGCGGACCGUCUUAGCCACAGCGUGGAGGACGAGGAAAUCGAGGAAUUUCUAAAGUCCACUCAGCCUGACCCUAACGAGGGCAAUCCCAACGAAAAUGUACCCGACCCGGGUGAGGACGCGUUCUUCGAUGCCCUAAAGGCCGAUAUCGAAGACGAGGAAGCGGUCUGUGAGGCGGUCAACGACCAAAUAGCAAAAAUAGCGAAAAAGCUAUGGGGUUCGAGCAUUGCGGCCGAUAGGCUGAAGCCAUUACUGGCAAAACAUGCGAAACCGCAGAACUGCCACGAAAUUACAGUGCCGCGUGUGAACCCCGAAAUUUGGGCUAAAAUGCCGGGGUUUAAGCGGAAAGCUGACAUUAAAGUGGCCAAUGUCCAGCAGACCCUGCAGAAAGCCACGAUCAGCAUUUUACAAUGCUGCAGUAGCUUACUAAAGCAAACUAAAAAAGCGGACCCCCCUGACAACCUGUCGAAGGCAAUAGACGCCAUCCGCCUUGUUGGUCAUGCCACGGCUGAGCUCUCGCACGUGCGACGGGAGCAAAUCAAGCCCGUCCUGAACAAGGAGUUUGCCUCCCUGUGCGCUAAACCAGGCCAGGAUCAGGAUAAGUGUUGUCUGUUAUUCGGGGAAGACCUGGCGAAGCAAAUCAGGGACGCCAAGGAGAUGAACUGCAUCUCAAAAUCGCUAGGGCCGAGACCCGAAUUCAAACCUAACAAAGGAAAGCAGGGCGGAACGCCUGCUCUUGGACGGGGCGCGGUGGAUACUAUAGCUGGUCAAGCGACAGACAGCCUUUUUUGUCCAUUUUUUGAUGACACGCCGCAUAAUGGCCACCGGCCGCAGAUCACGUUCUCCGAACAUGAGUCAGGUAUCAUCGAGGCUGAGAUAGCUAAGCUAUCCAAAAAAGCUAUUAUUGAAUCAGCACAUCAUUCACCGGGGGAGAUUAUCUCUAAUAUUUUUGUCCGUCCUAAAAAGGACGGUAGUUAUCGCAUGAUCCUUAACCUUAAGGGGCUCAAUGAGUAUGUGACGUACCACCACUCCGUUCCUGACUGAUGACAAGAUAGAAUCUCAAUCAAACUUCGACUUACAGGUAAGUCUCG